CCGGGGGCCGCGGGCCCGGCCGGCGCUGAGCAGGUCCGGGAGGAGGAGGAGAGGGGCGCGCCGACCUGGCGGGCUACCGGGAGGGGCGGCCUCGGCGCCCGCAGGCUCGGGCCGCGGGCGGUGGGUCCAGCUGCGCCUCCGUGUAUCGGCGCGCACCCCGGGCGCGGGGCCGGGCGCCCCGAGGUGGCUGCUCCCGGAAGCUCAGCCCCCCGCCCGCUGCCCUUGGUCCCGGCCGCGCCGCUCCUAGAGUCGCCGGCCGGGCUGCAGGAGGGGGCGGGCGGAGGCGGGACGGGCGAAUCCGCUCGGAGGGGUCAGUGAGGUCGCGCCUGGCCGGUGGGCGCAGGGUCCGCUUCACAGCCGCCUGAGCCGCUGACCAGUCUCACUCCGGGCACUUCGGUGCCGGCGGGGCUGUGGACGCCGACUCCGAUGGGGCCGGGAAGGCUGGCCAUGGACAGAGGAAAGCCUGGUUCUGGCGAGGCCUGGGCACACGGGGUCCUGUGCCCAAGGAGGGGUGGGCAGAGGCUGUACAGGCCCGACACCCCGACCUCCUGCGGGACGUGGAGGCUCUGAGGGAGCAGAUGGCACCGAGGCGGAGCGUGCGCGGACCCGGCAGACCCGGCCCACAGCCCCCAUGGAGGGUGCCAUGCAGCUGCUGAGCCGGGAGGGCCACACCGUGUCCCACAACUCCAAGCGGCACUACCACGAUGCCUUCGUGGCCAUGAGCCGCAUGCGGCAGCGCGGCCUCCUGUGUGACAUCGUUUUGCAUGUGGCCGCCAAGGAGAUCCGAGCUCACAAGGUGGUGCUGGCCUCGUGCAGCCCUUACUUCCACGCCAUGUUCACAAAUGAGAUGAGCGAGAGCCGCCAGACCCACGUGACACUGCAUGACAUCGACCCUCAGGCCUUGGACCAGCUGGUGCAGUUUGCGUACACGGCUGAGAUUGUGGUGGGCGAAGGCAACGUGCAGACUCUGCUCCCCGCUGCCAGCCUUCUGCAGCUGAACGGCGUCCGUGACGCCUGCUGCAAGUUCCUGCUGAGUCAGCUUGACCCCUCCAACUGCCUGGGCAUCCGGGGCUUUGCCGACACGCACUCGUGCAGCGACCUGCUCAAGGCAGCACACAGGUACGUGCUGCAGCACUUCGUGGAUGUGGCCAAGACGGAGGAGUUCAUGCUGUUGCCGCUAAAGCAGGUGCUGGAACUGGUCUCUAGUGACAGCCUGAACGUGCCUUCAGAGGAGGACGUCUAUCGGGCCGUCCUGAGCUGGGUCAAGCACGACGUGGAUGCUCGGAGGCAGCACGUCCCACGGCUGAUGAAGUGUGUGCGUCUGCCCCUGCUGAGCCGGGACUUCCUACUGGGCCACGUGGACGCCGAGAGCCUGGUGAGGCACCACCCUGACUGCAAGGACCUGCUCAUCGAGGCCCUCAAGUUCCACCUGCUGCCAGAGCAGAGAGGCGUCCUGGGCACAAGCCGCACUCGGCCCCGACGCUGUGAGGGUGCCGGCCCCGUGCUCUUCGCUGUGGGUGGCGGGAGCCUGUUCGCCAUCCACGGGGACUGUGAAGCCUACGACACACGGACGGACCGUUGGCACGUGGUGGCCUCCAUGUCCACUCGCCGAGCCCGGGUGGGCGUGGCGGCCGUCGGGAACCGGCUGUACGCAGUGGGCGGUUACGACGGGACUUCGGAUCUGGCCACCGUAGAGUCGUACGACCCCGUGACCAACACCUGGCAGCCCGAGGUGUCCAUGGGCACAAGGCGCAGCUGCCUGGGUGUGGCUGCCCUGCACGGGCUCCUGUACGCAGCCGGUGGCUACGAUGGGGCCUCCUGCCUCAACAGUGCCGAGCGCUAUGACCCCCUGACGGGAACGUGGACGUCCAUCGCCGCCAUGAGCACCCGCAGGCGAUAUGUCCGUGUUGCUAUGCUUGAUGGCAACCUGUACGCGGUGGGCGGUUACGACAGCUCCUCACACCUGGCCACUGUGGAGAAGUAUGAGCCCCAGGCGAACACGUGGACGCCGGUGGCCUCCAUGCUGAGCCGGCGCAGCUCGGCUGGCGUGGCGGUGCUGGAGGGGGCGCUCUACGUGGCUGGCGGCAACGACGGCACCAGCUGUCUCAACUCUGUGGAGAGAUACAGCCCCAAGGCCGGUGCCUGGGAGAGUGUGGCGCCCAUGAACAUCCGAAGGAGCACCCACGACCUGGUGGCCAUGGACGGGUGGCUGUAUGCCGUGGGGGGCAACGAUGGCAGCUCCAGCCUCAACUCCAUCGAGAAGUACAACCCAAGGACCAACAAGUGGGUGUCGGCGUCCUGCAUGUUCACCCGGCGCAGCAGCGUGGGCGUGGCCGUGCUGGAGCUGCUCAACUUCCCGCCUCCGUCCUCGCCUACACUGUCCGUGUCGUCCACCAGCCUCUGACCCACGGCGGGACCGACAGGCUCGCCCACAGCCUCCCACAUGCCUUAAGCCCCACGGGGGGCCAGCGCCUCCCUGCCCUCAACCGCGCAUCGGGGUUGGGUUCCCCACCAGGGACGCCCUGUACCGUCUGUCCACCUGUCCGUGUCCAUUCCGCAGUGUUCACUUCUGUGUGUGCCGUUUAUUUAUGCGUGUGUUUAUUUAUUCAGUAUUUAUUGACGAUGAGUAGUGCCGCAGCUACCAGUUCAUACGAUUGCUCUGGAAGUUUCUGUGUCUCUGGGACCAAGCUGCCAUCCGGGUGUCCUGCCCUCUCGCUGGGGGUAGACACUGAAGGGAUGUGGGUCAGGGCCAACUCGGACUCUGCAGAUCUGGGGGGACCAAGGGGUAGAUGCAGAGCCGUGGGUCGGGGGAGGGGGCCUUCUGAGCAGGUGCAGACCCCCAGCCUCCACUUGGCACAGGCCCUGGUCUCAAGGGCAAGGCGUGCUUCGGGAGGCCCGCGGGGUGGGCCUUCCUGCCUGUGGGCGUGGCGUCUCCUGGAUCCUGCACUGAGCUGGCACCGCGUGUGCCCCAGACCCCUCAGCAAUAUGAGCCGCCUUGGACAAUAAACGUGUUCCUCGGGCUCUGGGCCUGUGUCCAGCGUGA